AUGAACCUGUGGGUGAUUGCUGUGGUGGGUGCUGUCUGUAGCAUCUUCCUGUUAUUCAUUUACAGCAGAUUUGUCUGGUCAAGAAUCCAGGAACAAAGGCGAAUUCUGAAUGAGAGCAACCCUGAUGAUCCUUCUCUACAGUUCCAAAGCCGAGGGCUUGAUUCCUUUAUUACACACUCCCUCCCCAUCACUCAGUUCAAGAAGAAGAAUGAAGAAGAAUUGAGCCAAAGCAAUACCGAAUGUGCAGUUUGCUUAGGUGAAUUCGAGGAAGGUGAAUGCCUAAAACAUCUACCAAACUGUUCUCAUGCCUUCCAUGUCCCCUGCAUUGACACUUGGUUUCAGAACCAUUCAACCUGCCCUCUAUGCAGAUCACAAAUCUAUGAUUUCACACCGGACCAUGAAUAUUCUGUUUCGAUAAACAGUUUGUUGGAGACUUUGAGGAGGGAAGAUUUCCUUCGACAAAGAUUAGCAUGA